AUGACAGACAUGAAGCGCACGGAGAUGAUGCAGGAUGUAGCUUUGAACCCUGACUUGUUUGAUGAUGAGAUUGACAUCCUAGAGCUUAACCCUGACUUGUUUGAUGAUGAGAUUGACAUCCUAGAGCUUAACCCUGACUUGUUUGAUGAUGAGAUUGACAUCCUAGAGCUUAACCCUGACUUGUUUGAUGAUGAGAUUGACAUCCUAGAGCUUAACCCUGACUUGUUUGAUGAUGAGAUUGACAUCCUAGAGCUUAACCCUGACUUGUUUGAUGAUGAGAUUGACAUCCUAGAGCUUAACCCUGACUUGUUUGAUGAUGAGAUUGACAUCCUAGAGCUUAACCCUGACUUGUUUGAUGAUGAGAUUGACAUCCUAGAGCUUAACCCUGACUUGUUUGAUGAUGAGAUUGACAUCCUAGAGCUUAACCCUGACUUGUUUGAUGAUGAGAUUGACAUCCUAGAGCUUAACCCUGACUUGUUUGAUGAUGAGAUUGACAUCCUAGAGCUUAACCCUGACUUGUUUGAUGAUGAGGAGAUUGACAUCCUAGAGCUUAACAUCCUGACUUAUGAGAUUGACAUCCUAGAGCUUAACCCUGACUUGUUUGAUGAUGAGAUUGACAUCCUAGAGCUUAACCCUGACUUGUUUGAUAAUGAGAUUGACAUCCUAGAGCUUCACCCUGACUUGUUUGAUGAUGAGAUUGACAUCCUAGAGCUUAACCCUGACUUGUUUGAUGAGGAGAUUGACAUCCUAGAGCUUAACCCUGACUUGUUUGAUGAUGAGAUUGACAGUGAAUGA